CAUGCUUUCUCGAUUACUCAAGACACGCACAAUCGCCACUGCUAUUCAUCGACACGCCUAUACCAACGUUCGUUGUUUAUCCACCUUUGAUAAACAUAAAGACGUCUUUCAUGCACUCGGUUUAGACAAAUCAAACAAUAAAGGUGUCUUUGACGGUGAAUGGAAGGGCUCUGGUAACAUUGUUCCUUCUUAUAAUCCUGUCAAUAACGAAGUGAUCGCUGAAGUGAUUACUGGCACGCCUCAGGAUUUGGAUGUGGCCUUUGAAAAGGUAGCUGAAGCACAAAAGAUCUGGAGAGAGAUGCCUGUGCCCAAGCGUGGUCAGGUCUUGUUGACGAUGAGAAACGCACUUGUACAAAACCUUGAGCCAUUAGGCAAGCUUGUUGCUUUAGAGAUGGGAAAGAUUUUGCCUGAAGGAAUCGGUGAGGUCCAAGAGUACAUUGAUAUUCUCGAAUAUGCACUCGGUUUAUCUCGUACACUUCAAGGUUCUAUUAUUCCCUCUGAACGACCAGGUCAUGCCAUGCUCGAAACUUGGAAUCCUCUUGGUACUGUAGGCAUCAUCAGUGCCUUUAACUUUCCCGUUGCUGUGUAUGGCUGGAACUGCGCCAUUGCUCUUGUCACAGGCAACGGUACGAUUUGGAAACCAGCUCCUACGACAUCACUUUGUGCCAUUGCCGUCACCAAGAUCAUUGCACAAGCACUCAAGGAACACAACUUGCCUACUUCUCUUUGCGCUCUUGUCACAGGCGGUACAGAUGUUGGUCAGGCCUUGACACACGAUAAACGUGCUCACGUUCUCUCAUUCACGGGAUCUACUGAAGUGGGCCGCGAGGUUGGUAAGGUCGUUCAAGGUCGAUUUGGUAAAUCAAUCCUAGAACUCGGUGGCAACAACGCCAUCAUCGUCACAGAGGACGCUGAUUUGGACUUGGCUUCCAGAGCUAUCUUAUUCGCUGCUGUAGGCACCGCUGGCCAGCGCUGCACUACCACACGUCGUUUGAUCGUACAAGAGUCUGUGUACGACAACUUGAUCGAACGACUCAAGAAGGCAUAUGCUCAGGUCAAGGUGGGUGACCCUCUUGACGACGGUGUCCUCUGUGGUCCUCUUCACACACGUCAGGCUGUGGAUGUCUACAAGAAUGUAUUGAACCGUGUCAAGCAACAAGGUGGUGAAAUCAUCAUUGGUGGUCGUGUUCUUGAGGAUGGCCCUCUCAAGCACGGCAACUUUGUCGAGCCUACCAUGACACGUGUUCGUCCUGAUAUGGAAGUCGUUCAAAAUGAAGCCUUCGUGCCCGUUCUCCACACGAUGACCUAUAAGACCUUGGAUGAAGCUAUUCAAAUCAACAACAGUGUCGCACAAGGCUUAUCUAGCUCUAUCUUUACUACAAACCCUAGCACGAUCUUCAAGUGGAUUGGUCCUGCUGGCUCAGACUGCGGUAUUAUCAAUGUCAAUAUCCCCACCAAUGGUGCUGAAAUUGGAGGCGCCUUUGGCGGAGAAAAGGAAACAGGUGGUGGACGCGAGAGUGGAAGUGAUAGUUGGAAGCAAUACUGCCGACGAGGCACAUGCACCAUCAAUUACUCUGGAGCACUUCCUUUAGCUCAAGGUAUCAACUUUGGUUAAAUAAAACCUUUUUAUUUCAUGAAACUAGAAUAAAAAUCAACUAUGUAUACGUAAA